AUGGAUACAACAAGGAGAAUAUGCUACCCGGUUAUUGCAGCCAUCGGCGUCCCUGUUAACCUAGUGGCGAUCGUGAUACUCAGCCGAGGAAAGUGUGGUCUCUCCAAAGGGAUCACUCGGUAUCUGGUGGCGAUGGCUGUGGCCGAUCUAAUGGUGGUUGUCAUCGAGGUCGCGUUCUACCAGAUCGUUGAAACAUACCGAGUAUACUGGCUUCGGCCAUCACUUCCGUUCUGUUUAGUCCACUACGUCUUGUGUUACGUGUCUUUAGAUUGUUCCGUGUGGCUGACUGUGGCGUUCACUUUCGAUCGCUUUGUGGCCAUUUGCUGGUCGAAGAUUCAGAACAAGUACUGUACGCCAAGAAUUGCAGGACGGAUCAUUGGCACAAUAUGCGUUUCGUUCUGUUUAAAGAACGUGCCUUAUUACUUCCUGCACAAGGAACGCGCAAGCCUGUUUUGGAAUCAAUGCGAUCAGAAAUCGGCUCUCCACACAGAUCCGCAGUUUGAGUGGUUUUACUGGUUAGACCGUCUUUUGAAUCCGCUGUUUCCGUUCUUCCUCAUUUUGUUCCUCAACAUUCUGACAGUCAGACUGAUCCUGGCAUCCAGCCGAGUCCGUAGGGGGCUCAGGGGACAGAGAAAAAGCGAGAAUCAGCAGGACCCGGAAAUGAGGAGUAGGAGACAGUCCAUUAUACUGCUCUUCACAUUGUCGGCGAGUUUCCUCCUGUGCUGGGCGACAACCACCCUGGUCUUCAUUUUCCUGCGGAGCCUCUACACGGACCUGGAAACGUCUAUCCGACUGUGGAUGACGCAGCGAGCGGGGACAGUGAUUCAGCUUUUCAGCUGCUGCACAAACACCUUCAUUUACAGUGUGACCCAGACCAAAUUCAGGGAGCAGCUAAAGAUUGUCGCGCUCAGCCCUAUUAAUUUGCUUGUUAAGAUGGUGAGGCGGUGCUUAGCGCACUGA